AUGAAUUUUCCCUUGCCAGCCCUGCUGGCCCAGGCUGCUCUCGAGGAGCUGGUGGCUGCUCACCAGGCUGGGCUGUUCAUGACAGACGCUGCUGCUGCAGCACAACUGGGCCUCUCCAUGCUGCUUUCUGGUGGGGCUGGUUCUGCAGAGCACACUGGGAGGCAGCUGGAUUCCUUCUGGAGUUCAGUGCUGAAGCAGAGCAGGAAGAGCAGCUCUGGCCCGCUGGGCUUGGGGGAGCCCCUGCGCCAGCAGUGCCCGGGCAAGCCGCCGAGCGUGAAGGCGCUGAGCUGCUCCCCGAUGUCGGCAGCCUGGGAGUGCAAGGCACAGGACUCCUUUGCCAGCAGCGAGGAGCAGGACGAGGUGCCCCAGCAGGGCAUGGUGACAGACACGGACAUGGGUGGGCAGUGCCAGUGCCCAGAGGAGGAGCCUGAGGGGGCUCCCCAGAAGCGGCUGAGCACCCAGAACGGCAUGCAGGACAGUGGGGGAGGGGGCACAGGGGUGAAGAAGAAACGGAAGAAAAAGGACCUGGGAGAGCAGGAAGGUGGAGAAAAAGCAACUGCAGAGGUGAAACCAAAGAGGAGAAGAGAGCCUAAAGAACCAAAAGAGCCUAAAAAGGCAAAGGAGCCCAAGAAGCCGAAGGAGCCCAAGCAAAGAGAGAUGCCCAAGAAGCCCCGGAAACCUCGGGAGCCCAAAGCCCCCAAGGAGCUGAAGGAAAAGAAGAGUGGCUCUGAAACUACCCCCAGAGCAAGACCCAAGAAGAGCAGCAGAGACAGGGGGGACACCCCUGUGGAAAAGAAGAAGAAAGGGAAGAGGAAAAAUGAGAUCCCAGUGGACAGUCUGGAUUUGGAUCAGGAUCUCCUGAGCCCAUCUGCACAGAGCCCAGAGGAGUCUGCGGAGUCAGCCGACAGCCAGAAGCGGCGCUCAGGCCGGCAGGUGAAGAGGAGGAAGUACAACGAGGACCUGGACUUCAAGGUGGUAGACGACGAUGGGGAGACCAUCGCCGUGCUGGGGGCCGGCCGCACCUCCGCGCUCUCCGCCUCCACGCUGGCCUGGCAGGCAGAGGAGCCUCCCGAGGAUGAUGCCAAUAUCAUUGAGAAGAUCCUUGCCUCCAGGAUGGUACAGAAGGAGGCUCAUCCCGGAGGCCUGGCGUUCGAGAUGGAGGAGUUCUACGUCAAGUACAGGAACUUCUCCUACCUCCACUGUAAGUGGGCAACUCUGGAGGAGCUGGAGAAGGACCCCAGGAUCUCCCAGAAGAUAAAGCGCUUCCGGAACAAGCAGGCCCAGAUGAAGCACGUUUUCACUGAGCCUGAUGAGGAUUUGUUCAACCCAGACUAUGUGGAGGUGGAUCGGAUCCUGGAGGUGGCCCACACAAAGGACCCUGACACCGGGGAGGAGGUGACUCACUACCUGGUGAAGUGGUGCUCACUGCCCUAUGAGGAGAGCACGUGGGAGCUGGAGGAGGAUGUUGACCCAGGGAAGAUUAAAGAGUUUGAAGCCCUCCAGAUCCCUCCAGAGAUCAAGCACACGGUAACGUACCUGGAGGAGCGCCCUGGAUCCGAGUGCUGGCAGAAGCUGGAGAAGUCUCGGGAGUACAAGAACAGCAACCAGCUGCGGGAGUACCAGCUGGAGGGCAUGAACUGGCUGCUCUUUAACUGGUACAACAGGAAGAACUGCAUCCUGGCAGAUGAGAUGGGGCUGGGGAAGACAAUCCAGUCAAUCACCUUCCUCUCAGAAAUCUUUCUGAUGGGCAUCCACGGCCCCUUCCUGAUCAUUGCACCUCUCUCCACCAUCACCAACUGGGAGCGGGAGUUCCGCACCUGGACGGAGAUGAACGCCAUCGUGUACCACGGCAGCCAGAUCAGCCGCCAGAUGAUCCAGCAGUAUGAGAUGGUCUACAGGGACGCACAGGGUAACCCUCUCCCUGGGAUCUUCAAGUUCCAGGUGGUUAUCACCACCUUUGAGAUGAUCCUUGCUGACUGCCCAGAGCUGAAGAAGAUCCAGUGGCGCUGCGUGGUGAUCGAUGAGGCACAUCGCCUGAAGAACAGGAACUGCAAACUGCUGGAGGGGCUGAAGCUCAUGGCCCUGGAGCACAAGGUGCUGCUGACUGGCACCCCCCUGCAGAAUUCAGUGGAGGAGCUCUUCAGCCUCCUGAAUUUCCUGGAGCCACAGCAGUUCCCCUCAGAGACAGCUUUCCUGGAGGAGUUUGGAGACCUGAAGACAGAGGAGCAGGUGAAGAAGCUGCAGUCCAUCCUGAAGCCCAUGAUGCUGCGACGGCUGAAGGAUGACGUGGAGAAGAAUCUGGCACCCAAGCAGGAGACCAUCAUUGAGGUGGAGCUGACCAAUAUCCAGAAGAAAUACUACAGAGCCAUCCUGGAGAAGAACUUCUCCUUCCUCUCCAAGGGUGCCAACCAGCACAAUAUGCCCAACCUCAUCAACACCAUGAUGGAGCUGCGCAAGUGCUGCAACCACCCCUAUCUCAUCAAUGGGGCAGAGGAGAAGAUCCUGGAGGACUUCCGUAAGACACACAGCCCUGAGGCGCCAGACUUCCAGCUGCAGGCCAUGAUCCAGGCGGCUGGGAAGCUGGUGCUCAUCGACAAGCUGCUGCCCAAGCUGAUCGCCGGCGGGCACAAGGUGCUGAUCUUCUCGCAGAUGGUGCGCUGCCUUGACAUCCUGGAGGACUACCUCAUCCAGAGACGGUACACCUAUGAGCGCAUCGACGGGCGGGUGCGCGGCAACCUGCGGCAGGCAGCCAUCGACCGCUUCUGCAAGCCCGACUCAGACCGCUUCGUCUUCCUGCUGUGCACGCGGGCAGGUGGGCUGGGCAUCAACCUCACCGCUGCUGACACCUGCAUCAUCUUCGACUCUGACUGGAACCCCCAGAACGACCUCCAGGCGCAGGCUCGCUGCCACCGCAUCGGGCAGAGCAAGGCGGUGAAGGUCUAUCGGCUCAUCACCAGGAACUCCUACGAGCGAGAGAUGUUUGACAAGGCCAGCCUGAAGCUGGGCCUGGACAAGGCUGUGCUGCAGGACAUCAACCGCAAGGGCAGCACCAACGGGGUUCAGCAGCUCUCAAAGGUGGAGGUGGAGGACCUGCUGCGGAAGGGAGCCUAUGGUGCUCUCAUGGAUGAGGAGGAUGAAGGAUCUAAGUUCUGUGAGGAAGACAUCGACCAGAUCCUCCAGCGCAGGACGCAGACCAUCACCAUCCAGUCAGAGGGCAAGGGCUCCACCUUCGCCAAGGCUAGCUUCGUAGCAUCAGGAAACAGAACUGACAUUUCCUUAGAUGACCCCAACUUCUGGCAGAAGUGGGCCAAGAUAGCAGAGCUUGACACAGAUGCCAAGAACGAGAAGGAGAGCCUGGUGCUGGACAGGCCCCGGGUGCGGAAGCAGACCAAGCACUACAACUCCUUCGAGGAGGAUGAGCUGAUGGAGUUCUCGGAGCUGGACAGCGACUCGGACGAGCGGCCCACGCGCUCGCGCCGCCUCAACGAGAAGACGCGGCGCUACCUGCGGGCAGAGUGCUUCCGCGUGGAGAAGAACCUGCUCAUCUUCGGCUGGGGCCGCUGGAAGGACAUCCUGACCCACGGGCGCUUCAAGUGGCACCUGAACGAGAAAGACAUGGAGAUGAUCUGCCGAGCCCUGCUGGUCUACUGCGUCAAGCACUACAAGGGGGAUGAGAAGAUCAAGAGUUUCAUCUGGGAUCUCAUCACACCCACGAAGGAUGGGCAGAACCAGGCCUUGCAGAAUCACUCAGGCUUGUCAGCACCUGUGCCCAGGGGCAGGAAGGGGAAGAAGACGAAGAACCAGAUGCUGCUUCCCGAGCUGAAGAACGCAGACUGGUUGGCCACCUGCAACCCCGAGGUGGUCCUGCACGACGACAGCUACAAGAAGCACCUCAAACAGCACUGCAACAAGGUGCUGCUGCGGGUGCGAAUGCUUUACUACCUGAAGGCUGAAGUGCUGGGGGAGGCUGCUGACAAAGCCUUUGAGGGGACCCCUGCCAGGGAGCUGGACGUGCUGCUGCCCGACAUUGACUACGUGGAGAUCCCAGUGGACUGGUGGAAUGCCGAGGCCGAUAAAUCGCUGCUCAUCGGAGUCUUCAAGCACGGUUACGAGCGGUACAACGCCAUGCGCGCAGACCCGGCGCUGUGCUUCCUGGAGAAGGUUGGCAUGCCCGACGAGAAGCUGCUCUCUGCCGAGCAGGGGGCCAGCGACAGUGCUCAGGACACUGCUGAGAGGGGCAGCGUGGAGAAGGAAGAGAGCAGUGGAGAAAAGCUGGAGGGGCUGCCAAAGCGGGAGGAAGUGGUGGCUGUUGGGGCGGGCGACACCAGCGAGAAGCGGGAGGAGGCAGUGGCAGCCCAGGAUGGCUCCGACUCAGACAGAUCCUGCUGGCCUGUCUCGUCUGCUCUCACAGCCAGGCUGCGCAGGCUCGUCACUGUCUACCAGCGCUGCAACCGCAAGGAGCUGCCUCCGCGUGCCGAGAUGCUGGUACCUGGUAACCAUGGCUACUGGCUGCAGGACGAAAUGUUCAGGAGAGCCUCUGAGAUGGACUCAGUGAACAAAGAAAUGCAGAAAAGGUGGACCAGGAGGGAACAGGCAGAUUUCUACCGCACUGUCUCCUCCUUUGGGGUUAUCUAUGACCAGGAGAAAAAGAUCUUUGACUGGGCCCAGUUCCGAGCCAUCUCUCGAUUGGAGAAGAAGACAGAUGAGAGCCUGGAGAAGUACUUCUACAGCUUCAUAGCCAUGUGCAAGAAUGUCUGUGGUCUCCCACUGUGGAAAGAGGAUGGUGCCCCGGACCCUGACAUUUACGUGGAGCCCAUUACAGAGGAGCGUGCGGCCAGGACGCUGUACCGCAUCGAGCUGCUGCGCAAGGUGCGGGAGCAGGUCCUGCGCUGCCCACAGCUGCAUGAGCGCCUGCAGCUCUGCCGGCCCAGCCUCUACCUGCCAGUCUGGUGGGAGUGCGGCAAGCACGACCGCGACCUGCUGAUUGGCACUGCCAAGCACGGCCUCAACCGCACUGACUACUACAUCAUGAACGACCCCCAGCUGUCCUUCCUGGAUGCCUACAGGAACUACGCCCAGCACAAGAGAGCAGGGCUGCCCAGCCCAGAGACUCUGUGCUGCCUCUACCAGACAAACUCCAAACUCUACAGUGCUCCCCUCUACAGCCAGGGGGGCCGCACCUGCCGAGCUAUGGAGGGCGAAGCUGAGAGCCAGAUCAAGCUGGAGGCCACAGACAGUGCCAUGUGCCGGGUUGGGGGCAGUCCACCGGGGGCAAGCUGUGACACGUUCAUGUCUAAGGUCCGGGACAUCAUCUCCAGUAACUACGACGAGAGCUCCCUGCCGGACUCCCUGGUCUGCAUGAUGUACGAGGAGAAGGCCUGCAACAGUGAGCAGAGCUCCCUGGCCCGGGACAGCCCCAGCUGCACAGAUGUCACAGGUGGCAGCACUAAGCACUCUGAGGGCAAGCUAGAGGGGGACGAGGAUCCAUCCAGCUGUGAUGCAGAUACCAUGAAAGACACUCCCUUCCUAGAGGGAUUGCAGGGGGGCUGUGACAGAAUGGAUGGUCAGAACGAGGAGACUGAGCCUUCACCUUCUACCCCUGAAAGCAACCCUUCACAGAGAGUCCCAGAAGAGCUCCAGGGAACCUUGCAACAGAAGGGCAACCUGAACAGCCCUGCACCGGUGCUGCCUGAGCACGGUGCCAUAGAAGGGGUCAUAAGCAUGGGGCUCUAUGGUCCCAGUCUUCAUAACUAUGAAAUAAAGGUUCCUCCUCAGCAGAGGUUCAUCAGUCUGCUGCAGGAGAAAGGACUGGAGGCAAAGUCAGCACCAAGUCAGAGCCACAGUGAGGAAGAUGAGGAGGAAGAAGAGGAUGAUGAUAACUCUGAGGCAGCAGCAGAUGUUACAGGCUUGAGCGGUCCCAGGACCAAGUCUGGCUGUGACCCUGAAGCUACUGAAGUGGAGGGUGAGGAGCAGAGUUCUGGCCUCCCCACACCUGAGGACACUUGCCCAGAAGUGAAUGGCGAGAGGGAGUCCCUGGGGCUGGGGACACCUGACAGGCUGGGGGAGCCUGGGUCAGAGGGCAGGGAGGACCAUGGCCUGGAUGAGGAGAGCACUCUGCAGCACUCACCAGACCAGGCUCGGAGCCAGGCUUUCAGCCUGCCUCCACCUCUGCUGAGGCCCCCAGGAGCAGAGCAACCCUAUGCCAGGGAGGAGACCUGGUGCCAAGAGGCUGAGGGACAGGCAGGCUGCAGAGAGGCCCUGCAGCACAAGGCCCAGGUUGUGAAGCAAGAAGAGUGUGAGACCAGAGAUGAGGAGGAGAAAGCCAGCAGCAGGCAGAGCCAAGAUGGUCCAGGAAAGUAUUUGGAGGAAGAGAGCAAAAGUUCUGCUUCUGUCCUGCCUGGGGAGAUUGAUGACCUUCAGGAUGCUCGUGCACCGACCAUAGCCCAACUGCUGCAGGAGAAGACACUUUACUCCUUCUCUGAGUGGCCCAAGGACCGUGUGAUCAUCAACCGCAUUGACAACAUCUGCCACGCCAUCCUGAAGGGCAAGUGGCCUUCCUCCAGCCAGCAGCUGGAGACACAGGGCCUGCUGGCGGCCCCAGCGCUGCCCGGCGGCGCUGGCAGCAGGAGCAGCUUUGCCGAGUCAGAGCCCCCCGAUCCUGGCUUCAGCAGUGGGGUGCUGAUCUCACAGGAAGGGUUCCUGAGCCCUGCCUUUGCAAAGGACGAGCGGAAGCACAGGAGACCACCCUAUGAACUGGAGAUGGAGAGAGAUGCCAAGCAGAGGAGCCUGGAGCAGCUGGCAGCAGCCCAUGUGCACCCCUCCAUCGUGCUGAACGGCUGGCGGGAUGCAGCUGUGGACUUGUCCAGAGCCUCUGAUGGGUCUCCAGGGAGCUCCUCUCCUUUCCCCCUGAACACAAACAUUCCCAAACUGGGGACCGUGAACACCCUGCAGGGCUCCCUGGGCAUGGAUUUGUCUGGCAUCCUGCAGGCAGGAUUAAUCCAUCCUGUCACAGGACAGAUUGUCAAUGGCAGCCUCCGAAGAGACGAUGCUGCCAUGAGGAAGAGACGGGGCAGGAGAAAAAAUGUGGAAGGGAUGGACCUCAUCUUCUUGAAGGAGAGGCCUCUUCCAACCAGGCUGCACGAUGUUCAGGAUGACCAGCCACAGCCCCCCCAGGCCAGUCCCCUUCCCAAUGGGCCGGUUGCUGCUACCUCAACUCCACAGCCAGCCCCAGCCAUGGGCAGCCAAGCAGAGAAGGCUGUCCCCAACAAGAGUCUCCUCGACUGGCUCCGGCAGCAGUCUGACUACACGCUCGACGUCCCUGCCUUUGGCACUAAUUUUUCAGACAAGCCCAAGCAGAGGAGGCAGCGCUGCAAGGACCCCAGCAAAUUGGACAUUAACUCACUCACAGGAGAGGAGCGGGUGCCUGUGGUACAUAAGGGUACUGGACGGCGGGGUUACUUACCAGAGAGCAAAUUCAACCGCAUCCUAACCGAGCCCAUGCUGCGGGAUGCGGGGCCACGCCGCAGGGGGAGGAGGCCCCGGAGCGAGCUGAUCAAGGGCCCCGGCAUGGUGGCAGAUUCUUCUUCUGGGAUGGGACCACUCUUCAUGAACGGACUGAUUGCUGGCAUGGAUCUGGUAGGACUUCAGAACAUGAGAAACAUGCAAGGGAUCCCCCUGACCGGGCUGGUUGGGUUUCCUGCUGGGUUUGCAGCGGUGCCCACUGGCGAGGAUGUGAAAAGCACCCUGAGUAUGUUGCCCAUGAUGCUGCCGGGCAUGGCCACCGUACCGCAGAUGUUUGGCGUUGGAGGACUUCUCAACCCCCCCAUGGCAACAACUUGUACUGCGACUGCUCCGACCUCCUUAACAAGCACAACGAAAGGUGGCACUGCCAGCGCAGAGAAAGCUGCUGAGGAUAAAGCCAGCGGCCAGGAUGUGAAAACAGAAACUGUCUCGGAAGAGAAGCCUGGCCCUAGCUCAUUUUCUAAUCAGACAGAGUCCGCAAUAACUACCAGUAGUCCUGUAGCUUUUAACCCGUUUCUUAUCCCAGGGAUGUCUCCUGGACUGAUCUAUCCCUCAAUGUUCCUUUCCCCUGGCAUUGGCAUGGCGCUGCCUGGCAUACAGCAAACCAGGCACUCGGAGGCAGCCAACCUGGAAAGCCAGAAGCGGAAGAGGAAGAAAGCGAAAGGGGAGUUGGCAAACCCGGAGCCAGAAACUGUGGUGCUGCCAGUGAAGGAAGCUGCCAGCAGCCAGGACUGUGUGGAGCCCGCAGUGCCUGCGCCAGCAGAGGGGGAGCAGGUCCAGCCCGCGGGCGAGGAGCGCCAGGCGGCACGCGGCACUGAGUAG